AUAGGCAGUUAGAUUCGGUUUGAUGGUGUGCGUGAAGGAGUGCGAGGUGGCGGCGAGAGAGAGAGGAACCUGAGCUGUUUACGAUUCAUCAUGACGACGAAGCAGGGCACAACUUAUGACUGUAACAUUCUAUAUAAGGACUGCCACGUGUCAGCUUCCGCUAUGUUGUUCUUAUGUUCUUUCAAACAGCGCAGAGUGAAGAGAAACGCUCGCAUUGGAGGAUAAAAAGCUUGAGGGAGAGGAGAGACAUCGGCAUGAAGUCCUCGAAGCCUUUCCUGAGGGUGGCGGUAGAGCAGUGGGAGACGUGGAUCACGCUGCUGCCUCAAGAGGACGGCUCCAUGAGAAUCAAAGGUCCGAUGUCCAAGUUCAUGGACGUUGUGGCAAAGGUUCUCAACUUCGACUACGAGUUGGUGAGGCCGAAGGAGUGGGAGUGGGGAGGCCCAGACGCAAAUGGCUCCUGGACCGGCAUGCUGGGAAUGCUGCAGAGGGAGGAGGUGGAGAUGGCCCUGGGUCCCUUCACCAUCACGCCGCAGCGGGAGACGAUCAGCGACAUGUCCAUGCCGCUGUCCAGUGAGAACAAGGCCAUCAUGGUGGAGAGGCCCCGGGUGAGGACAGACAUGGCGGGCUUUCUGAAGGCCUUCACGAUUGAGGUGUGGCUCCUGACCAUGCUGAGUAUUGUGGGGAUCAGCUGCGCGACCAUGCUGGUGGUGUGGGCCCAGGGCCGCAUCUUUGGCCGCUCUGUGAGGGACACCGUGAGCCAAACCCUCAUGUGGGUGCUGAAGGCGCUGACGCAAGAAGGCUCCGAGUGGCUGCCGCCCCACGACGCAGGCCGCGUGCUGGUCACCACCUGGCUGCUGGCGUCACUGGUGUUCAUGUCUUCUUACGGCGGCAUCCUUACCGCUAUGCUCACCGUGCCGCGGGUCACCAUUCCCAUUGACUCCAUGUACGACCUUGUGGCUCAGAACGACAUGCCCUGGAAGGUGGAGGGAGGAUCCAUGCUGUACCAGUACUUCCAGGAGGCGACGGGGGGAGCGAGGCGAGAGGUGUUCCUCAGAAGCUCCGGGACUUUCAAGGACUGCUGGGAAGCUCGCCAGGACUUGGCGGACGGCAAGUACGCCGGUUUCUGCGACGAUGUUACCAUGAUAAAGGUCAUGGCUUGGGAUUUUGAAACUUCAGGAAGAUGUAACGUGUACAUAGCGCGAGAAAAGGUCAUCUCUAGUGUGUGGAAGGGCGUCGGCUUCAGAAGAAACUCUUCUUACAUGUCCCGCGUUAAUGACGUGAUCCUGACGCUGCAGCAGGCGGGACUGGUGGACAUUUGGCUCAAGGAGCAGAUCGGCACCGUGCCACAGUGCCUCAGGCCGCCCAGCGCAGACCGCCAGGAUGGCAUCAGUGCCCUUGACCUGGAGGCUUUUGGAGGACCAUUCUUGGUGCUGGUGGCAGGUUUCAGCGUGGCCACCUCAGCCUUCCUCCUGGAGCUGCUCACUGCCUGCUUUUCCCGCUCGUAAAGCUCACCUCGCCUCACCCAGACCUGUGAUGCUGACCCUUACACUCACCUCGCCAUUGUGUCCUGCAGUGAUUUGACACAUGCUGAUAAUUAUAAUAAACAUCCCCUAUACCUGUUAUCUGACCCCGCUAUGCUGG